GUGCAGUAACCGGAAGUGGUCAUCCUCUGUUGUUUGGUGUGGUAGUUGUAGAAGGUUCUGUGUUUAGGUGCAGGACUGAGUUUAAUCCCGGGCUUUAAUCCCGGGUUUGUUACAGUUUAUUACAGUGUACAGAGCUCGAGCGGAGAGGAGACAGCAUGGCGCAGUACAAAGGAGCGGCGAGCGAGGCGGGCAGAGCCAUGCAGCUGAUGAAGAAGCGCGAGAGAGAGCGCGAGCAGCUGGAGCAGCUCAAACAGAAAAUAGCGGAGGACAACAUGGUGAAAUCCAACAUUGAUAAAAAGUUCUCCGCCCACUAUGAUGCUGUUGAGCAAGAGCUGAAGUCCAGUACUGUGGGUCUGGUCACUCUAAAUGACAUGAAGGCGAAGCAGGAAGCCCUUGUGAAAGAGCGAGAGAAACAGCUGGCCAAGAAGGAGCAGUCUAAAGAGCUUCAGCUAAAAUUGGAGAAACAAAAGGAGAAGAAAAGAAAAGAGGAGCAGAAGAGAAAAAUUGCCAGUUUGUCCUUUAAUCCAGAUGAGGGGGAGGAUGAAGAGGAGGAUGAGGAAGAAGAGGAGGAAGAAGACUACGCCCCGGUUAAGAAGAAGAAGCUCGGGAAGAACCCUGAUGUUGAUACCAGCUUUCUACCAGACAGAGAGAGAGAGGAAGAGGAAAAUCGCCUGAGGGAGGAGCUCAGACAGGAAUGGGAGGGAAAGCAGGAAAAGAUUAAAGGUGAAGAAAUUGAGAUCACUUUCAGUUACUGGGAUGGAUCCGGACACAGAAAAACAGUCAAGAUGAAGAAAGGCAACACUAUUCAGCAGUUUCUCCAGAGAGCCCUGGAGGUUUUGAGAAAAGACUUCAGCGAGUUGAGAUCAGCUGGAGUGGAGCAGCUUAUGUACAUUAAGGAGGAUCUGAUUAUCCCACAUCAUCACAGCUUCUAUGACUUCAUUGUGACAAAAGCAAGAGGCAAAAGUGGUCCGCUCUUUAGUUUUGACGUGCAUGAUGAUAUCCGGUUGGUGAACGAUGCCACCGUUGAGAAAGAUGAGUCACACGCGGGUAAAGUGGUUCUGAGGAGCUGGUAUGAAAAAAACAAACACAUCUUCCCUGCCAGCCGCUGGGAGCCGUACGACCCCGAAAAGAAAUGGGACAAAUAUACUAUCCGGUGAGGCGGCUGCUGACACCCAAGAAGAGUCUGGAUUUUAUGAACAUAUUGCUAAUGCUUGUGUAUAGUAGCAGUUUAUUUUAAUGACCGAUAUCAUUCAGAACACACUCAAAUGUUUGAGUUUUUUUUGUUGUGUUUUUUUUUCCUUUUUGUAAAUUAUAGAACACUCACAGUAUUGGGGUAAAAAUUAUAUUUAGAGGUUUAAAACGUUCCCUUGAUUUAAUAAUCUUAAUCAAUUUAAUUUACCAACCUGCAUGUUCAAAUUAAUUAAUAAUUCCCUCAAUUUAACUGAUCUGGUACUUCAACUGAAUAAAAAUGAUUGGUAACACUUUACAAUAAGGGAACACCAAUUUAUAGUUAAUCUAACAGUAAUAAACAUUGUUAAAUUGUUAAGUAAUUUCUCAAAUAAUUAUUAUUUUACACUAGUUGAACAUUUGACAGUAUCGAACAGUACUAAAUUUAAUACUGGUACAAUUUUUGUCAAUAAUGAAUUGAGACAAUUAGUAAUGUAGGGUAGUGUAAUGUAGGUACUGUUAAUUAAUGUACCCUUAUUUUUAAAUUGUAUUAGUUAUUAAAAUGAUUUAUUAAAUUGAGGGAACAGUUGAUGUCUCUAAAUAGUAUUUUUUAAACUUCAUACUUUGUGUUGUAUAAUAAUUGACACUGUUCUAAAACUGUUCUAUAUGUAAUCAGCAUUGACACAGCGUGCAGCUUCUUUUGAAUUGUAUUAUUGAGUCUAGCCUUUCGUGUUUCAUGAAAAAAAAAAUCAUACAGGAAAUAAAAUCACCUGGUUAUAGCAAUGAAUUUUAGAAAUGCCCCUUUAAAUGCAAAUAUGAUUGAGAAUGAUCCUUGUAUUCAUCAUGUCUUUGCAUCAAAGCUGAAUCACAAAUAAACUCAUUUUUCUGUGUACAA